CCCGUUGAUUCGUUCGAGAAUGCUCCGGCAGGCGAACAAGUGGACGCGCACCUCCUCCCCUGCCAAAUCUCUCAUACCGGCCCAGCGAAUAUCUCCACAUACUUCUCCGUAUCAACAAACGCGGAUGCCGUCCCAAUCAGCACUUUUCGGGGCCGCGAACUCCAUGGUACGGAACUAAACCUGCCCGCGGGGUGGGUCGGACACGCUUACGCUCCCUCCACCACAUUCGUCCCUCCACCACCCUCCGACCGACUCUACGAAGACGAAGACGAAGAAGCAGAAGAGCAGACAGAGGAAGAGGUAGCGUGGCAAUCAACAGCUCAGUUUAAGGAUGUUAUGAUUUGGGGCUGGGGCGAGCAACCAAGAGCGGAGAAAGAUGUUUGGGUCAAGGGCGUGGAAGAGUGGAUCGGGGUUGCGGGGGUGGUG